CUCCAAAACAAAGACUCGCAGUUCUCGUUCGACCGCUGACUCGCGAGUUGCGCUCAUCUUCAAGUCCCUCUCCUUUCCGACUCUUUUGUUUUCUUCACCUUUUUAUUAUCAAAACGAAAUUAAAAUUCUGUGCUUCCCUUAUUUAUAAAUCCCGACAAAAAAAGUCUUGAAAGAUUUCGGCCAUUCACAACGAAACUGAACGAUUCUCCCGAAAAAAACUUGUUGUGUGUGUGUGAGUUUGCCAUCCAUCGUAUUUUCGUCCUUUGUGAUUGGGACCCACUUUUUCGAGGCAAGAUUUUUUGGGUUGCCCGUGCGUACAUACUAUUUCUGGGAGCCAUUGUUUUUCUUUUCUGCGAUCCCCAACGAAACAUUUUUGGGCCGGGAAUUAUUUUCGUUCGAGUUUGAGAAACCAUGUUGAACUUGCUGGCCGAUUGGACUCGCAAUUCGUUUGAAAUUAAUCCCAGAUGUCUGUACGAGAUCCACGAUAGCACAAUACUGGACAAUUUCCGCUAGGUUAUUUUUUGGGGGGGUCUUUAUUUGAGAGUUAAAUUCGAUACUUCCAAAAAUUAGUUUGUACAAAAUCGCUCACAAAGAAUGUCGACAGGGAAGCGUUUGGCUAAAAGAUCAAUUGUCGGUACAAAAGUGGUGGUUCUUCGUGAAGAUGGCCUUUAUUAUCCAGGUAUAAUUCAAGCGGUAAAGACGGCUGAAAUGGAUCCGUCCAGGGGGCAGUUGUUCUCUCACACGAAAUACGCCGUCCGUUCAAUCAUGGAGACUGCAGGUCACCCUGGCCGUCAGCAACUGCUUGAAUACUCUGAAGUCGAUCUGAUUGGCCCAGGUUUCCAGUCAACGGCCGGCUUGACUCUCCAGCCCGGCCAAAAGGUGUACAUAACCUUUACCGGUCGUGAAGUAGCCGGUCACGUCACCAAACACCGACCCGACGUCGAUGAAGUUCACAUCACUUUGCAAGUCUCCAAUUCGAAUUCGGUUGAUAUCGUCAAACGAAUGGAAGAGGUACGACUGAUGGAGUCGAGGAAAUCACUCCGGCUGAUGGAUCAACACGACGUGGAUUUCGCACGAUUGGCUGAAGGAGUUGUCGGUGGGCUGACUGCAUCCGUUAAUGGACACCAGGAUUGUUCACAAUCCAACCAUCAUCAAAUCAGUGUUGGCAAUCCGCCCCGCAAGCGCUGCUCAUCCGCAUCAACGUCCGGAAUCGACGUACCCGGCGCCUUCUUCGGGUCGCGUAAGCGUCGCUCCAGUCCGAGUAGUGCCAACGGCGCGGCCGACGUCAUCAUGGACGAAGAUGAAGACAGCGAUGUUAUGGAUGAAUGCGCAGCCGCCAUGGUCCUCAUGCGUCUCUCCUGCAGUCCUCAUUCCCCUCGAUGGGAAGAUGUUGCAGCAUGGCAGCAGAGUAAUCACAGUAGCAGUAGCAGCAGUGGGGCUUUUUCGUGGCGCGGAAGUGUGUCUAGCAGCAGUGAUUCACCACCGCACGCUUCGUCGUCGGGUUCAACAGGAGCGGCCGGCCGGGUUCUUCCGGUCGGCACUGGGCGCAAGCUGAAAUUUCGUUCGGCAACACCGUCGCCGCCUUUGAUGAGCGGCAGCGCCCCUGCUAAUUUCUCGGGAAGUCUCAACAAAUUUCAUCCGGGUGCUACUAGAGCUCCUGUUGCCAAAAACGCCCAGGACGAUGGAAUCGUCAGCGAUGAAUCCAUCAGCGAAUGCGAUGAAGGGCCCUCUCCUUCGCAGGUUAGAACAAUUUAUCAGUGUACCUGGCCCGGCUGCUUGACUACUACAGACAAUUGCGAGGCCAUCGAGACCCACGUCCGCUCCAUCCAUCUCGGGCCACGUCAAAUCGAUGAAGAGAUCAGCGAUCACGAGGAAGAGUUUUAUUACACGGAAGUGGAAGAGGAAGGUGAUGAAGAGAUUGCGGAUCAGCAGUCGACCACUCUACCUCCAAUGGCUGAGGUCGUCGAAUCCUCAGUCGCUCAAACGCAGAGCUUUCAGCAACCGCAUCCAGGCUGGAUGGCUAGUUCGCCACCCACAUUGUCCCACAUGGACAUGGCAAGACCUCCGCACGAAGAUCCAGAAUAUCAACGCGCAUUGAUGAAGGCGAGGCCGAUCGCUAUACCGGCACGUGUCCGCAGCAUUUCAUGGUCUUCCGGUUACGGAUAUGGCUCGAAUGCGCUCAAACAGGCCAAAGUGGUUGUGUCGCCCAAAACGUCUCCUUCACCGGCGCCCCCACUAGCGCCACCAUCUACUACCGGAGCUUCGGUCUUUACAGUCAAGAGCAGUCCCGUUCGUCGGCCCCGCGGCGAGGCCAAAAAGUGCCGCAAGGUUUACGGAAUGGAACACCGCGAGCAGUGGUGCACUCAAUGCAAAUGGAAAAAGGCUUGCACUCGCUUCGGCGAGUGAAACAAAUGACUAUACCACACCCCAAUGUGAAAUUUUUUUUUAAAUUUUGAUGUCUGGUGCUGGAUGUAUUGCGGAAUAGGAGCCAAGUUUUUGUGCGGAUGACGGAUCUCAAAAGAUCUAUGACACUUGGCGCGCUGGGCGGUUGAUAUUGUUUGAAACCAUUUUUACUUGCGGGCAACUUUUUGACAAAAGACAAAAAAACGUUUUGACUUUAUUUUUUAUUUUUUUAAUUAUUAUUGGCUUUCGUAUUUGUUAUGACAAAUUCAUGCCGGAGCGUGUUGUUGUGUGUGCAUAAUUUUCGUUGUGAAGAUGCAGUGUUGUUUUGUAUCUUGCCACUGACCAGGCUGCCGUAGCUCAGUGACGAUUUCUCUGACUGGUGUCGUUAUUACCUCUCGUACAACAUCAUUGAAAAAAUAUUGUUUUCAUCCCUAUGUCCCACCUCAUAUCUGCGUUACUCUCAAAAAAGCUUUGUACAGCGUUAGAUGGCUUUUUUCUCUACCAAUGUUUCUUUAUUUCGUCGAUUUAGAGUUAUUUUUGCAAUAACGCUGCGUGAAUUUUAACGUUUAUAGAUUUACCCUAUUUAGACCUGAUUUUGUUUUUCCAUCUCCUUUGUAGUUCGCAUAGUGGGGGGUUUUGUUUCUGUGUUUUUUUCUCAUUUCAUUCUCAAGACCGAUGGACUUUUGAAAAAUGUUUGGUUUUUUCUCCUUACAAAAAUGGUGUUUUAGUUUCUUAAUUGCUUUUUUUCUGUAUUUUUUUUAUCCCUUUUUUCGCGCGUGUCGACCCAGAGUUUUAUGGCGAGAUUUUUAAAUUUUUCAAUAUACAAAUUUCCUCUCGAA